UUUCUAUUGUCAACGCCCAGAUUCAACUGUUUCAUCCUUACACGCGUCUGAGUCUCCUCCACAACAGCUUCGUCUAAUUUAGCUCCGGUGAUCUAGCUUCAAUUAGAUCUCACCCACACCUGCAUGAAGUGAAUUCACGAGUUUGAUGAUCAAAGUUUCUAUUUUUCUUUGUGGGUUGAUUUCAAAAUUCAAGAUUUGUCAAUGAUGCAGCAGCAGCAAGAUCGAAUUGGUGAUGAAGUAGAUGAGACAGAUCUUGAGUCUUUAACAAGUGGCGUUCCUCGUAGAGACGCUCAUAAUAGGUUUAGGUCUCAUCAUCAAUUCUCAGGAAUGGUGAGACAAAGAGCUUACAUAUUUGAUGGUGAUGGUAAAUACUAUAACAAAGAAUGGGAUCUUGCUGAAGGAACAGGGAAAGAGUUUUGUUGGUACCAUGUUGAGUUACCUAAAGGGAAUCAGAAACUUUCUCAAUCAGCUCAGCAUCUUAUUGAUGCUUUGUGUCCACCAUUGAAGCUUCAAGACAUUCUUUCUCUUGUUAGUAAUGGACCCUUUUGUGGGCAUGUUGAUGGAGCACUUGUUUUUAGAGUUAACUCUCCUGGUCCUGCUUCUAGUAGCUUCACGUUCAAGAUUGCUGCUAGGAUUACUGAGAAUUCUGUGAUUACUGUGUCUUUAGGACGAGUUCCUAGGUUAGGAUUCUCGCCUAUGGGUCAGUCGCUUCUCUCGGAAGUUCCUAGUGUGGAUUCUCCUUCGUAUUACCGUGGUGAGCGGAAGGAAAGAAGUGGGAUUGUGAUUGAGGAGCAUGUUCUUGAAUUCUUGCUGACUAUGAACCACUCUGAGGAAGCUGAUAACCCUGUGCCAACUUCUGUCUCGAAUCUUGUUGUGCAUAUUAUUGACACACAUGUUGAUCAGCUGCAAGAUGUUGUUACUAAACUUGAGAUCGAGUUGGAUGCANAGCUUCGUCUAAUUUAG